AUGUGUGCUCACUGUUACUCCCCUCUCCUGCAUGAUGCGCGGAACAGUGCUAGGACCGCGCACAUGGCGGUUGACGGGAAACCAUUGCCUCAUCUAGGCCUCCACCUCUCCCAGUUCGUCUGCAACAGCAACCCCAAGCCUGUGGCGGGCCCGCUUUCUCUGCGUUCCGUCCAGGGCCGUUGGCUUCAAGGUUCUUCGUGUCAGUCAGUCAGUAUGGGCGGUGCUCUCUCCCCCUCGUCGCUGCUCAAGACCAGCUCUCUGCCCGUGCUUCCCUCCAACGUCGUUCUUCAUCCGGCCGCUCCCAGCACGGACUCAUCGCUCGUCUCCACGCGCUGCGACUGCACCAUCCACCCCGCCUCCUCGUCUCUCAACCCCAUCGCCGUCAUUUCCUCUCCCUCCCGCCUUCAGCGCCGUCUUUACUAUUGGGAUGCCGCGUGCCAUGGUAGCAGUCCCCGCCGGCCUACUCUCGUGCGCACGCAGUCGUGCGCAACGCCGUCCGUCGCCGUCGAGCUCGCCUGCGAGCAGUCGUGCACGUCAUCGCCGUCGUGCCGCCGGACGCUCUCCUGCCCGCAGUGGGCUGCUCCCAGCGCACCACGCGGGGCCGCGGCAGAGCCUGCUGCUGUAACGACGCGAGCCUGCGAGUCGCAAGCGGCUCCUGUUGCUCCCAGUGCGGCUCGUAUGCGCGUGGCUCGAGAGGAAGUCAACUCCAAAGCCCCGUCGGCGUCGUCGACUCGCCACGGGCCCCCGUGCGUGGACGUGCGUCGCGCCGAUGAGUCCGUGUUUCACUGGGCCGCGCGCACGCGGAUUCAGCGGGCGCAAGCCGCACUCGCCGAUUGA